AUGGCGCCAACAACCCAGCGAAGUCUUCCUACGCGGCGCAACCCGUUGCUGCUUGAGGAUAUCCCUGAGUACCUUGACCUGGUUCAGCGCCGCAGGCUUGGCCAGACAAAGCUUACGCCUAAGAUGGUUGGCGGUGACGAGGUCGAAUCCGCCGCUCUUGGGGUUUUCGAUUACGCGCACCUCAGGGCACCUCUGCCAAAGGGUAUCGUGUCAGGAAUCUUCAAGUCGAGCCCGACGAGCUACUUCCUUAUGCGCCGAAGCUUCGACGGCUACGUUUCUGCCACUGGCAUGUUCAAGGCCACAUUUCCCUACGCCGAGGCUUCGGAUGAAGAGGCCGAGCGCAAAUAUGUCAAGUCUCUUCCGACUACGAGUCCCGAGGAGACGGCUGGUAACAUUUGGAUUCCUCCUGAGCAGGCGUUGUCUCUGGCGGAGGAGUAUUCUAUUGGAAUCUGGAUUCGCGCUUUGCUGGACCCGGCCAAAAUUUCAGUUUCUUCCAGCUCGAAUCCCGAGUCACCGCCCAAGAACAUUUCGGCACCCCCCAAAUUUGAUUUGGUGAAGGCAUCUGCAAAACUUGCUCCUCCGUCAGCCUCGGCUCUCCCCAAGAACUCGCGCAGUCGCCGGUCUGUCAGUCCUACGAAAGGAACUAGGCGUACUCCUGCCUCUCCUCGCAAGCGUAAAACCCAAUCAAAAGCUAGCUCGACGGAACCCACAGCGGCGGAAGUUAAUGGUCAUUCUAAGAAGGACGAGUUUGUCCUGAAAACCACUGAAUUCGAACCUGCGGUUGUACUGGAACCCAGAGCCGAGGAUGCUACGAUGAAGAUUCGCGUGGAUGAGGUCACAAAGGACUCAGCUGGCCAUGAGACCAAGCAUACAGUUACAGAAGUUGACGUUCCUCUGCCAACCGCCGGCCAACCACCCACUGCUGAGGAGGUCCGCGAAAUGAUGGAAGCAGCCAAGGACAUGGCGCAGAAGGGCAGAGAAGCAGAUGAAAAACACGCCGAGCAGCAGAAAAAGUCCGACGAUAAGAAAGGCAAAGAUAGCACUACAACAGCCAAAAAGAGCAAACGCAAAGCCGCAGACAUCUCCGCAUCGGAGAAGGAUGACGAGAAGAAGGCGGAGAAGGCGGAGAAUGCGGAGGGAACCAAGGGGGAACAACCACGAGCAAAGAAGGUCAAAACAGAGGCAGAACUACGGAAAGACAGAGUCAAGAACAGAGCCCUGUUCGGCAUUGGUGCCACAGUUGCAGUUGGUGCACUUGUCCCAUGGCUGGUUAACUUCUUGUAA